AUGUCUUCGCCUCCGAAAGCUCUCAUGCUGGUAUACUCCGAGCCCGGUCCGAACAUUGACGAGACAGAGUUCAAUGACUGGUACGACAAUGAACACGUCCCGCUGCGUAAGAAUAUCCCCGAGGUAUUUACCGGACGCAUCGCCCGCAUCAGAUCCACGGACGGGUCGAAACCUGCCUUUGCUGCAACGUACGACCUUGAAUCGGCCACUGCGCUGCAGAACCCAGCGUACACGGACCUCACGGUGACCCGCAGUGAGAGGGAGAAGGAUAUCUUCGCCAAGAUCGGUGUGGUCGAUAGGCGCGUUUACGCCGUGUAUCCCGGUCCGGCAUAUGCGCCUUCGCCGCGUUUUGAUGAGAAGAAGGGUGCCCCGUACACUGUGCUUGUCGAGACACACAUCCCAGAGGGUGCUCCGGAAGACGAGUACAACAAGUGGUACGACGAGGAGCACAUCCCGCUGUUAUCGCGCAUCCCAGGUUGGCUGCGGAGCCGGCGCUAUGUCCUCGUGGACGAAGGCGUUUUUGGCACGGACACAGGCCCCCACAAGCGCUCGGGCCGCCCAGCUAAGUACCUUGCCAUCCACGAGUAUGACACAUCAAACGCGUCUGGGAGAACGGAGACUCCGGAGCACAAGGCGGCAAUGGGCACGGAAUGGAUGGCAAAGAUCGAGGAGACAGUCAUAGCGAAGUCCAAGCGCGAGUUCGAGCUCCUCAAGAUGUGGUGA